UUUGACAUUGACAUUUCACAUAUUUGACAGCAGUGUGAACCGUAUAAUCUUUCAAUGAAAUGUUAUAAAUGAGUAUGAUCUCAAAGAAACUGUGAGCUGUUUGCAUUUGAUUGUUUACACUUAAAGUUUGGCUCAUCUUAUACAAAAUGAAGUCAAUACAUGCAAUGAAAAGGUUUUGUGAUACAUCAAUGUUUUAUUUCAACACUUGUUGUCAUAAAAGACUAUUGAAACUUCAAGUACGUCACAGUGUUACAGUGGGAACUUUGAAAUUUAAAAAAGUAGUUCCAGACAUAGUUAAUAUCCGUAAUUUGGGCUUAGGACCAACUUCGAAGGAUUUCGAGGAACCCACACAAAUAUCUGGUCCUCUAACAAAAGUUCACGCCACAGAACUUGUCCUACAUUUGAACGACGAAGAGAGGAAGGUACUAUUUAAUGCGUUACAGGAAUAUGAAUCAAAUCGUAUCAAAGAAGAAUUUGAAGAUAAAUUAGCUGGUCAAAGAUGGAGGAGUAAGCUCGGCAGACCUAGUAAAGUACCGACGCUAGGAGAUGUGGACCCUACUGGAACGUAUUGCCCUGUUCCUGAAGAUUGGCUGAAAAAGAAAUAUGCGGCCUCAGUACCAAAACCAACAACUAAGGAACUUAUGCACUUGUCUCUGGCAAACUCUAUACCUUUUAUUGGCUUUGGAUUUUUGGAUAAUUUCAUCAUGAUUAUUGCUGGCGACAGUAUAGAAAGCAGUAUGAGUGCAUACAUAACGUUGUCGACGAUGGCGGCGGCGGCGCUGGGCAACACCUUCAGCGACGUGAUCGGCAUCGGCUCCUCCUACUACGUGGAGCGUGCCGCCGCACUGCUCGGCUUCGGCGCGCCCGCGCUCUCCCCCGUGCAGCUCGACAUGCCUGUCAGCCGCCGCUUCGCCAACAUGGGCCGAGUGCUGGGCAUCACGCUGGGCUGCUUCCUCGGCAUGACGCCGCUCCUUUUCAAGGAUGAUGAAAAGAAGUCGGACACUAAAGAUAAGUAAAUGUAUAACUAGUAAUGGUGCCUUCUAUCUGCCACUCUCAGAUAACUUGUUUAGUGUUGGCUCUAAACUUUCAGGAAUUAAUUUUCAUUUGCAACUGUUUUGAGUUACAAAUUUAAAAAAAUUAAGUAGAAUUUUUAUAACGAUAAGUAUAACUUUGAAAUAAUAUUUUAAACAUGUUUAUAAUUGUUGUGUUAUGUUUAAAUGCUACAAUUUAUUCAGCGUUUUUUUAUAUUGCGUUAUUUUAUAAUGCAACGGAAGAUUAUUUAAUAAUACUCUACACAUAAAAUUAGGUUAAGUGUCUAUUUCCAAUUGCACAAAGUAAAUGAUUUGAUCUUAAUUAGAAGCACAAGAAUUAGGUCUUAAUAAAUAUGAAGAUUCAAAUAUUGAAGUUGUAAUGAACAUUUUGUAAAUAAAUCUAUGAACUAUUUUCUAACAUAUGAAGUUUUGACGGUUUUUUAGAGGAUUUUUUUCUAUACAUUAUAUCACUUUUAUCUGAUAGAUAUAGGUAUAGUUAAUUAAAAUUGCCUUAAAAUAUACUGCACGGUAUUUUGCAUUUGCAUAGUCUGCACUCUGACAACCAUGUCUCAAUGUUUAGGGUUGAAAUUUAAACAUAUAUGUCGGAGUUGGGUCUUUCUCCCCGACAUCAUUGCUACCGAGUCUUGGUUUCGUGGGCGUCAUUUGGGUGAAGUGCGAGCAUCAAAACACUAGAGGCACGGAUUAACACAAUAUAUUUCGGAAUCUACACUUAUCACAUAGCAAAUCAACAACACCGACCGAGCAGCGGGUUCGUGGCACCGUUCGUACUUCUACUACACUACUUUCCUCAAUCGACUCGCCACUUUGCCAACACGCACCACAACAUGUCACUACAAACGUCGCCCUCUAAGCACUGAACUGCGCCUCGACCCCGCACGAGCUAAUAAAGACCACUUGCUCUGCUCUCAUUGGUCGUAUGUAAGUUGACGUACUUGUAAUUUUAAAAAGAACUAAAUACAAAGACAUCGAGUUUCUACUUUCGAGAAAAAGGAAUUAAAUUAAUAAUUUUAUCUUAAACAAUAUUAAAACGCAAGACAACAACGUUUGUUACACAUAAAGCAACAGUCAAUUUAUAGCUUCCUGCGACAUAUAUGUUAAAUGUUAAUUUAAUUAACUUUGAAUUAAUGUGGUCAUUGUUGUAGAGUCCAUUCUUAUGUUUGAAAUAUAGCCCUAAACAUACCAUAAGAAAAUAAUCAACUUUUGGAACACUUUUUUCAAUUAUUAAGCAAAAUAGUAUUGACAUUUAAAACUGAUUUUUUUUAUUUAUGUAGGAUUUAGUUUAUUUUAGUGAUUGAAAUGAGUAUAAUAGUAAAUUAUUAAUGCAUUUUUGAUACAAUAUUAAUUCAAUGUAAUAGCAACACUACUGCAAACUAAUCGAGAUGGUGACAGUAAAGUAAAGCAGUAAUGAGGCUAGAUUGUUUUUAUACCUUUUAUUUUAAGGUUUGAUAAAGAAAUUAAACUGUAAAAUAUGCACAGUAUGUUUUGAAUGAUUCUGUUACAUUGUCAAGUAGCUAGGAAUUUUCAAAUGAAUUAUUUAUAAUGCAACUAAUUAUAAUAGUAGGGCAUUAAGCUAUUAUCAACUGAAGAUAACUAGUCAGUUAAAAUCUUUUUUUGUACAUAAUUAUAAAACAAAUCUUAAUUCUUUUAUA